CACAGCACAGCCAACAGCAGCUUGACAGAUUCGACCAGCCAAGUGGAACGUACCCUGGCUCUUUUCGCGAAAAGAAGUGCUCCCAGUCUUGUUGACAUGCUUAGCAAGACGUAUUUAGCUAAUCCUACAGUAUGUGAGACCGAUUUCGAGCUGAUUUAACUGAAGUGGUCUUACCUCGGUGGCGAAACCUCUCCUAGCAUUUGGAGCUUUCCUGGGGUUCACAUCUCAAAUCCAAGAUGGAUUCUUCCAUCAGCGAGGUGCAGUUUGGUGACCCGGGUGAAGGCUCUCACACCAACCAGUCCCAGUAUCCAAACAACAUGAGUUCAUUCGGGUUGUGUCUGGAUUCUGAUGAUGAUAUGACUGACAGAACAAAAUACAACUCUAAGGAAAAUGUGAGUUUCAAGAGUGAAGAAGGAAUGGACAGUUCUGAUGCAGCCUAUGGAUCUUACGAGAGUGCUUCUGGAUGCCUCUCUCUACCACCAUCUGGAAACAUUGCAUCAACUCCAUUCGACUCCUUGAAGCUAUCGUGUAAAACCGAAAGUGGUUUCAAGGCUCAGAAACUGGAGGUGAUGGGUCCGUUAGAAUCAAGCCAAGAAGAUAAAAUGGACACACAUGAAAAUACAGAGCUGUUCGUUGCCAAUUCUGAGGAAAUGGCUUGUGCAGAUACUUUCACUUCUGCACCAUGCACUAAUGAUAAUGAGCCACCUCAUCCUGGUGAAAAUUCUGCGGUUUCUGAAAGUGUUGAAGGAUCAACAUCUGAUGAGACUUCUACCGAAACCAACUUUCAUUUACAACUUGAUCUUGAAGAAAAGGACGGUGAUGAUGAGAACAACCUGGAAUUUAAUGUUUCUCCGACUAAGAUUGCCACUGAUGCUUCUCCAAGGAAAGAUACAGGUGUGCUAAAAUUUGACAUGUUAUCUGAUGAAGAGGAGGUUAGUUUUCCGAAGUCUGGUGCUGAAUCAUCUAGUUCCAAAGAUGAAAGCCCUAGCAGGCCGAGUUGUUCAGGCACAUCCCAUCGGGGCAUGAACUCCUUGAGCUCUGAUUCAGAAGAUGAUCUACCAGACAUACACAUGGCUCUGCCAUUCAAGAAACGCAAGAGAGACAGCCUAGUGGAAACAAUUGGUAGCAGUAGCAGUAGCUGCAGUGAAGAUGAGACUAUAGAUUAUGCAAACUUAACUCCAGAACAAAUAAAGGCGUUGAUUGAACAAGCAAAGAACAUCAAGCACAAAUGUCUGUGUCCGAAGAGGAAGUUGGCCGACUUGGCUGAAAGGGGUCCUACAAAGCCAUCAAGUAAAUGCAAUAUUGGAAAAGGUGAUUGGCGGGAGAAGCACCCUUGUCCAGACUGUGCGGGUGGUGUGUGCCAUGAGACUCACAAACAUGGUAGAGGUAGAAAAAGGUAUACCCAUACUCGCAUGACUCUGGCAAAGACGAGAGCCAGAGGAACAAUUGGGCAAGACGUUCCAAUUAUCGACCUUUCGGAUGAAGAAGGAAGUCCUGUACCCAACAGAGUAGCUUCAGAGGUCACUAUUACCACAGCACCACCUGGUGAAUGUAUAGUUCUCUCCUCAUCAGAUGACGACAGUGAUAUUGUUUGUGAAGGUGUUAUAAAACCCGACCCCAAGCCGCAGGAACCUAGGCCCUUGGGCAGCUACCUCCUUAGUGGAAGCCCUGAUGUGGAGGUUCUCAACGUUGCCUCAGCCUCAAUGGACGGGGCAGCAGCCUCCUCUUCAGCCGCAGCUCCCCUGCCACCUCCUCCUGGCUAUGUUGGCUUUCCGCCCCCUGUCCCCUCAUCAAUACCGGGACUGCCAGUCCUUCCCAUGCCUGCGGAUAUGGAUUUAUUAUGGCCUGACUUUGAUAACGAGGCCUGGAAUGAAAUGUUCUGUGAUAAUAUGCUUGGACCAGCGAAUAUGCCAGGCAUGCCUGCAACUACUGCACAAGCAAGCACCGCCGCCGCUGCUCCUGCCAGUGCACCAGAACGACCAGCAAGUCCAGAAGGGUGGAGCUGUCCAAUAUGCUUGGAAUCAAAAACUGCAGUCCCUGAAAUUAUGUCGACAACAUGUGGUCAUAUAUUUUGCGGGACAUGUAUUCGUUCAGCAGUGAAGCUUCACAAGAAGUGUCCAACCUGUCGGAAAAAGCUGACAGUGAAACAAUUCCACAAAAUUUUCCUUUGAAGACUUUCUUAGGUAUUUUAAUGUACAUAUGACCAUUGUAAAUUUCAGUCCAAAAAUAUGGAAGUUGUUUGCAAACUGGUUUUUAGGUGAUUGACCUCUUCAUUCAGUGGGAGGAUUAUGUCUAGGGAUGGAAUUAAAAUGUAAAUGUUGCUCCUUUAUUUAUUUUUUGUUCAUAGUGGGCAAGAUUGGAGUGUGAUAGCAAUAAGAUGUGUUGGCAUUAUGUCCACCUUGCUCAUUCUUGGUUUUCAGGAGCAACUUUAGAAUCAUUUCAAUGUUGCAUACAGCUGUUUCAUGCAUUUAUAUUUAAUUUUGUUUGAUUAUUAGUUAACUUGACAAUUUAUUUAUGUUUUACUAAUGUUUUUAUUUCAGAACAUCCCCUCGUGGUGUCUAAUUUUAUUUUAGUUUCUUAUGGUACUCUUUUUAGAAACUGUGAUGAAUCAAAGCAAUGCUCAAAUAUAUUCUUGUUUCCAUGGUGUGUGAUGGAUUGCUCCAUAAGGAAGAACAAGUAUUUGUGAAACGAAAGCAUUUCUGUGCUGCUUUGAUGAAAAGAGUUCUUGUAAGUGUAUAUAGUGAAGAUUUAAAACAAACCUGUGAUCUUCAUGGGGAAGCUAUUAUAGAGUACCCAGUUUGUUUCUCUCCCACAGCUCCCGAUGAUUUUAAAAUUGUACUUAUUCUUCAUUGAUCAUUUAUAACCUGUGUGUUUUUAUUUUAUCCCCUGCCCAUUUAAACUGUAUCAACGGAACAAAUUGUGUACUCUGCUCUAGCUUCCCCUCUUUAUGAACUGUAUUUUGCUGAACAGCUAUUCUAUUAAAGUUCGAAACCAAAC